AUGACUUCCAGCUACUUCAACUUCGACGACGCCGACGUCAUACUGCGCUCUGCCGCGCCAUACGCGACCGAGUUUCGCGUUCACAAAUCCCUCCUCUCCGCCGCGUCUCCGUUCUUCAAGCACAUGUUCGCUUUGCCACAAGCGCCACACUCCGUCGCGGGUCCCGAAGUACCCGUCAUCGAUGUGUCCGAGCCCAAAUCUACUCUGGAGACACUACUGCGCUACGUCUACCCGAUGUCGAGACCAUCCAUCGACACCCUGGACGAGCUCACUCCUGUCCUUGAAGCUGCCAUGAAAUACGACAUAAUCAGCGUCAUCGACAUCCUCCGGAAGCGUCUCGUCUCCCCCGAUUUUGCAAGAGCCACACCCACGCGUGUGUAUGCGAUUGCAUGUCGGUUCGACCUCGAGGAGGAGGCGAAGGAGGCAUCCCGCUACACGCUCAAUGUCAACGUUCUCGACUGCCCCCUUCACGACGACCUCAAGCACAUCACAGCCUACGCGUAUCACCGUCUCCUUGACCUUCAUCGGAAGCGAGCGAAGGCGGCCCAGGAGCUGCUUCAGCUGUCGGAGGACGUCAAGUGCAUGCAGUGCAACGGAGCGCGGUAUCAUGCGUUUCUGCCGCCAAAGUGGUGGACGGACUUCCACGAGAGGGCGAAACAGGAACUAGCUGUCCGGCCAACGGCAGACGUCGUCUUCUCCAUGCCUUUUCUAGCGCAGUCGGCACAGGCGGGCUGUGAGCGAUGCGCUGGGAGCAUCCUCGACGCGCAUUCGUUCCUGGACCAGUUGAGAAAGAACAUCGACAACUUGCCAUCCACGAUAUGA